UUUUUUUUUUUUUUUAAGUUUGUUUAUUUUGUGAGAGAGCGAGUGAGGGAGGGGCAAAGAGAGAGGGAGACAGAGAAUCCCAGCGCAGAGCCCGAUGCGGGGCUUGAACCCACGAAACGUGAGAUCGUGACCUGAACCGACAAGAAUCGGCCGCUCAGCAGACUGAGCCCCCGCCCCGGGCACCUGUCACAUCCCUCAUUUUAAGCAAAUCUUUAGGUCUGCCCUGAAGUCCUCAGGGUCUAUCCACCCAGCUCUGGCCCAGUCCCUUUGCUGCUGUGGUGGCCUCUCCAGAGGCGGAGGGGUGGCAGUGGCCAAGGUCCAGGACCACCAGCAGUCACCCUGCCACAGCCUGGGACACAGCGCCCUUUGUUCUGGCCCCUCCGCACCCCCCCCCCCCCCGCCCCUCGGUCCCAAGCUCUCUGACCUGGAUUAGCCUGAUCCAGGGGAAAGCCUCGGAGGCCCCUCCUGGAAUGUGGUCUGGGGGUGGGGGGCAGGCAAGGCGCUGAGGUGAGUAGGGCUGGUGGGGUCUCUCCAGGGCAGGGCUGCGCCCCCAGCACCAGUAGGAUCCUCCUCUCCCAUCACCACCAGAGCAGGGCUCUGUGUGUCCUCUGCCCAGUGGAGGGGCCUCAUUAUCUCUCUAGCUCUGCUGGGAGGGCCUGAGACAGGGACCCCCCACCGUGGGGUCCAGCCUGGCCCUGUGCUGCGGUCACUGCCCCGUCCCUUCUCCUGUUCCAGGUAAAAGCCUCUUAGCGGGGUGGGGGUGGGGAACACUCUGAGCUCCAGGCCUGAGGGAGUGAGCCGUGGGUGAGUCUGGCCAGCGGCUGAUCUGUAGACAAGCCUGGGGGGGGUCUUCGGCUGUGCGCCCCCCUCAGGCUAGGCUUCAAGGGGGAACCGGGGUGGGGGGGGGGCAACCCCUCCCGGAAGGCCUCGGGAGAUGUGAGGCUGGACGCCCAAACCCACAGGACGGCUCAGGUGAGUGUGGGGCGAGGGCUGCCAGGACCACCCCCUUGUCCUGGCCUCCAAGUGGCUACGGCCACGGUGAGGGGACAACAGGCAGGAAAAGCCAGGACCCCGUCCUGGUGAGAGAGGGUCAGAGUCCCAGAUUCCCACGGGUAUCUUGGUGUUCCCCAGUGCCGGGAAGGAGACCCCACAUGCAGAGGGGCGGUGGGAGGGAAGGAGGCUUCUGCCCAGCUGUGGGCUGGUCCCCCCUACUGGGGAGGCCUACCAGCCUCGUCUGUUACGGGGGUGCAUGAGGCUGCUGUGUGGACCCCUGGGUGGAGAGCCAAGAGUGUGAGAGGCCUUAGAGCUGUUUUCUGCUUGUGUAGGGUUGGGGGGGGGGGCGGGGGGGCAGGCUGCUAGGGAUUUGGAGAGCAGAAGCUUUCUUUCUUGGUGCCCCCUCAGAGGUCCCUAUCUGCCCAGUGGAACCAGAGAUCUGAUCACCGCCCCCCCCCCACCCCCGCCGGUACCAAGACUCCUGGUUGGCCUGGGACAAUCCGUCACCCAUCUUACAGGUGGCAAAACUGAGGCUCAGCGAGGGAAGGGGAACUGCCCAAGUCACAGAGCAAAUCCAUGGCUAGGCCGGGGUGAACCGGAACUCGGCUCCCUUGCUCCUGAAGCAAGGCUGAUGUUCUUACGUGUUCUUGGGUUUUUCUUUUCUUCUUUUUUUUCCCCUGAAUGACAAUAGUCAUUUCUGAUCAUUGAGAAAAAUUAGGAACAUACCGCAAAGCCAAGGAAGAAAAUAAGCCCCACCCAUUUUGCAGCUGGCACCUGCUUCUCUGUCCCACACGUGGGGUUAGUCCCUCUGUGCUGAGACCCUCACACCUGCACACUGGGGACACUGGGGAUUCCCAAGCACAUGGGGCACACGCUGGCCGCCCAGCUCUCCCAUUCACCAGCACCCCCUCUCCUGCCACCACCAGGUCCCUGGGCAAGGAGUCUUCCAGAGGGAGUCUUCCUGAAGUUCAGGCUCAGCAGAGGCAGCCGCGAUGGGCGCUGGCGGCCCCCGGCGGGGAGCGGGCCCCCCAGACGGCGGCUGGGGCUGGGCGGUGCUGGGCGCCUGCUUCGUGAUCACCGGUUUCGCCUACGGCUUCCCCAAGGCGGUGAGCGUCUUCUUCCGCGCCCUUAUGCGCGACUUCGGCGCGGGCUACAGCGACACGGCCUGGGUGUCCUCCAUCAUGCUCGCCAUGCUCUACGGCACGGGUCCGGUCUCCAGCAUCCUCGUGACCCGCUUUGGCUGUCGCCCGGUGAUGCUGGUGGGUGGGCUAUUGGCCUCGGCGGGCAUGGUGCUAGCAUCCUUCGCCACGCGCCUCCUGGAGCUAUACCUGACGGCUGGGGUGCUCACAGGCCUGGGCCUGGCCCUCAACUUCCAGCCGUCGCUCAUCAUGCUGGGGCUGUACUUCGAGCGGCGGCGGCCCCUAGCCAACGGGCUGGCGGCGGCGGGCAGCCCCGUGUUCCUGUCGGCGCUGUCGCCGCUCGGCCAACAGCUGCUCGAGCACUUCGGCUGGCGCGGCGGAUUCUUGCUGCUCGGCGGCCUCCUGCUGCACUGCUGCGCUUGCGGCGCCGUCAUGCGGCCGCCGCCGGGACCCGGCCCGCGGCCGCGCGGGGACAGCGCGGACGACGCUCCCGGGGAGGCGGAAGCGGACCGCGCCGGGCUGCGCCUGCGCGAGGCGCCCCCUGGCGGCCGGACCCGCCGCCGCCGCCUGUUGGACGUGGCCGUGUGCGCCGACCGCGCCUUCGGGGUGUACGCCGUCACCAAGUUCCUGAUGGCCCUCGGCCUCUUCGUGCCCGCCAUCCUGUUGGUGAACUACGCCAAGGACGCGGGCGUGCCGGACGCCGACGCCGCCUUCCUGCUGUCCAUCGUGGGCUUCGUAGACAUCGUGGCGCGGCCAGCGUGCGGCGCCCUGGCGGGCCUGGCGCGCUUACGACCUCACGUCGCCUACCUCUUCAGCCUGGCCCUGAUGGCCAAUGGCCUCACGGACCUGAGCAGCGCGCGCGCGCGCUCCUACGGCGCCCUUGUCGCCUUCUGCGUCGCCUUCGGCCUCUCGUACGGCAUGGUGGGAGCACUGCAGUUCGAGGUGCUCAUGGCAGCCGUGGGGUCGCACCGCUUUCCCAGUGCUCUGGGCCUGGUGCUGCUCGUCGAGGCCGUGGCCGUGCUCAUUGGACCCCCCUCUGCCGGCCGCCUGGUGGACGCCCUGAAGAACUACGAGAUCAUCUUCUACCUGGCCGGCUCUGAGGUGGCCCUGGCUGGGAUCUUCAUGGCUGUGGCCACCAAGUGUUGCCUGCGCCGCUCUAAGGACACCCCGCCCAGCCAAGGCGCCCAGGGCGGGGCCAGCGACACUGAGGACGCUGAGGCCCAAGAGGACGCUGAGGCCCUGCCCACCGGCGCUGAGGAGCCCGGCAGCCUCCAGGCCUUGGAGGCGCCAAGCCCCGGGGCUGGGCCCGGGGAACCAAAGGAGGCGGCAGAGCCGGGCGUGGACCCCGAGUCUGUAUAGCUCGGGGGGCACUAGGCGAGGUGGCUGGUGACUUUGGGAACGGGCCGACCCUCUCAGAGCCCUGGCUGUCCCGAGGGGGCCUGGAGCACUGCAGGCUGCUCUGCAGAGGUCGCCCCUGGGGCCCUGGGUGGGCCGCCUCCCUCAUCUGCCCAGCAGGCCGCGGCCAGGCCCUGCCCUCGCUCGGUGGAGCAGCUGUGCACCGCCAGGGGCCGGGCCUGCGUGAAACUCAAGUGCAUAAAGCUCCGCUGCGA